ACAAUAGACUGGAUGUCCAGGAAGUCUGGGGUGGGGUUUGGAUAAGAGGGAGAAAGGUUUAAAACCAGUGAUUGCUGUCAAGCUGGACCUAAACAGAGGGCCAGGGGAAGAAUAAGUCUGUUUUUGACAGAAACCAUUUCAUAUUAUGUAACUAAAAGCUCUUUGGAGGUGUUGCUUCAUUUGGGGCCAUAAAUCUAUUUUUAGUCUGUUCCUCUUUAGCACUCUAAGAACACACCGUGAAAAGCUUCUCUGUACUGUUUCUCAUCUCUCCAUCGGUAAGCACCAGCGGGUGUUAUGGAUCUGCAGUGUCUCCUGUGCUGGAAAGUUGUGCCACUUCUUCUUCUGUUGCCAGGCAGAUAUUGGUCAAUGUCAGUGCAUAUCCUCAAUGAGCAUCCUGUACACGUAAUCCCAGGCUCCAAACUAGUUCUCACUGCUCGGAUCCAAAAGGAUCCCAGGGAAGAGAUCUCCACUAUAACAUGGGCGCGGGAACCUGAAACUGGACGUGAUCGGGUGAAGGUGACGCUGGCUGCGUGUCCUGCUAAAAACACUAAGUGUUCUGGUGGCACUCCAAAUAUACAAAUGAGUUUCAUGGAGCAGGAGACAACGCUAGAGAUCAACAGAUACAGCAUAGAAGACAGCGGGGAGUAUUCAGUGACGGUGAUGGAUGGCUCAGGAACCAAUGCUACUGGACGCUGUAUCGUCAGGGAAUAUGAGGCAGUUCAUCAUGUCUCCGUCAGCAUCAACAUUUCUCACUCCUUGCUGAUUUGCCACGAGGCGUGGGGAACAGACCCCAGCUUCACCUGGCUGCAUGAGAGAGCCGCCAUCACUCAGCAGGUGGGAAGUGUCUCCAAGGGUGGAAGCACGCUGCUUGUGACAAUGACUCCCAUUUGUGGCCACUUCACCUGCAUGGUUGGCAACAAGCUGGGACACAGUUCUGCCACAUACACAGCAGCACCUUGUGAAAGUGGGGGCAGAGGGACGAUGGCGGCUGUGGUGUGUCUUGUCCUCCUGGUGCUGGUGUGUGGAGGAGUCCUGGCGUUUCUGCUGUGGAGGAGGCACAAGGAGAAUAACAGAGGAGAGAGAUUGUACGAACCGACGGAUGAGACAAUCUAAAAAGACUUGAGCUGUUGCUGAAAACCCUGGGAGGACCACAGUGGACAAACCGCCCAGUGAGGGUGGAAACUUCCUGUCCUGUGAGCAGUAUGACCUCACGCUGAAUGGGAACAAUGUGGAGAGUGAACUGCUUUUGGAGUCUUUGGCUCAGUACCUCUUGCUCUGCCUGAAAAGGUUCUUUGCUACUGUAGUUUUUAUUUUCUUUUUUUUGCUAUCAAUAAAUUGUAUAAAAAUGACACAUUGGAUGCCCCUUACCAUAAUGUAGUAGAAACCUUAUAUUGUAUCGUUUGAUUGAAAAAAGCUUUAAGAAAAGACAAGCUUUUAAGGAGAUGUUGGGGUUUUUCGACAGUGCUUAGGUCAGACAGUCUCUCAUUUUCUUUCCUUUCUAUUGCGUAGUUAUAAGCUGCAUGCACACAGAUUGAGAGCUAAAGCUGCUGGAAGAAGCCUGGCUUGGAGCAGAUCCAGUCUAAAGCUGUAUGACGCCCUAAAUACAGAGCUUCUACACAGCAUCGAAAAAGUUUGGAGAGGUGUGAAAUUUGAUUUAAGUACAUAUUUUCGUUUUUUCUGGAUAAAACCAGAAAGUGGACUGUUUGGUAAGACAAAAACAAAUGUAAUUCAGCACUUUAUUUUGUAUUGUUUUACCUAUUGAAUAUUUUUUUUUUAAUAAAUGGCUUUUGUUAUUAAUCUAUGCUAUUUU